CAUAUAAACGAUUGAAAUGGACGGCGACGACUCAAAUAAUUAUUUAGACAAAACACCAAUAUUGAUUCAUAAUCACGCAUAUUUGAUGGACUAUUGCAAGGUUGGGGCCAGAUGGCCGUGUUGCAAUGACACACAUGACAUGACGAAAAACCUCGGACUUAGUGACAAUGAGACUAAAGAAAUUGUUUAUGAAUCAGCGAUUCAAGCAGUGGAUGAAACAAUUUUUCCUAGACGUAAAGAGCACAAAAGAAGUCAUUGUAAGACGAUUGAUAAAAUAACUAGUUUAGAUGAUCGCGAAAGGUAUCGACAAGGCAAGCAAACGAAGACAAGACAAACGUCAGGAAUGUUGUCAGACUCGUCAUUAAGCAGAGCAAAAGCAAGCAAAAUGUCUCAUUCAGUUGAAGAAGCAUUUGAGAUAAUAGAAAAAAGAAAAGAAAAUAUCAGAGCAAAGCUCCUUUUUAGAAAAGAACAUCUUUUGACGCAGGAAGAGGAACAGGAUAUUCACACCAGGGCAGACUUGUAUGCCAUCACAGCACUGCCUGAAAACAGUUGUUUUGUGCUGCCAGAGAAUGCUCCUUCCCCAGUCUCUGAGUCGAAGUUCUUUGAACAGGAAGAUGAGAUGUGCAUUACCCCACACCGCAAGAAACGAAGACGUAACUAUGGGAACACAGACUGUUACGUCAACUAUCAUAAUCAUGAAGACAUUUUUGACAAUACAAAAAUGCUCCCUUUAGGAACUAAACUCCUGAAACCGUCAACAAAGCUGGUUGAAAUGGUUGCGCAGACUAUCACAGGUAGCCCAGAUGGGCUGCUACAAGUUCAACAAAUCUAUACAUAUUUACAGAACAAGUACCCCUUCUUCAGGUACAUGGAUAGAGUGGCAGUAAAUAGUUGGAGGAGCUCUAUCAGGCAUGCCCUGUACCAGAAGUGGUUCCGUAAGAUCAGAUUUGGCCUGAGCUUCAGCAACAGCAAGGGCUGUUACUGGGCAAUUAACAACAAGAACAACCCAAAAGAGUGGUCCAUGUCAGACAACACAUUCUUUCAGUCAGUUGAAUACAGUUUUUACAAAGAAAUAUUAGAAAAACGUAAUGUUCAGGGCACUGCUUCCCUCAGCAGGGAGGAGAAUGACACAGAUGUUGACCCUCUAGACAGUGACCUAGAAGCGGACAUACCCCAGUGCCCAAAUGACACCCCUUGGGCUCCCAGGUUGCCCAAGCUCCAGGGUUCUGUGCCCUCACCUAUACGUGAACCGGACCCCCUACUGGCCACGUGUGCAGUGGAUUGGAACAACAAUGAGCUCUGCCAGUCAAGUUCUGAGUCUGGCUGUGGUACCAUGUCACCAGUCCUGCAGUCAACAGAACAGCUUCUCAGCCCUUACUCUGACUUGGACCACACUCUAGACCUUCCUGAUGUCAAGGACAAGAAGCAACACUGCAGAACUACCAAAUCCAGAAAAACAGUGGCUGGUACUUGCAUAAGUAUGGCAUCCCCUAUGUUGAAUUGGACACCAAACUGGGACGAGUAUGGCUCAUAUAUACUGUCACCACAGAACAUAGGUACUCAGAAGUAUCUUCAAGGUUUUCCUGGUGGUCGGAUUGAAAGCCAACUGGGGGAGGAAGAUGAGGAGGAAGGUGAUGAGGAUGAGCUCAUCUCUCCUGACCUGCGGGCUGCAUGUAGACUUAUAAUGGAGCAAACCUUUGAUUUGCCUGUGGAUAUAUGUUCAACUGGCAGUCAAGAAGAUUCAAUUGAAUAUGAAAUAUUAGCAGAAUAUUCACAAAAUAGCCCCAGUAUCCAUCAUUUUCAACUGUGAAUUUCGAGAAAGUGAAUGGUUGAAAAUGUGUCGCUCAAUUAUUUGUAUAAUUAUCUUGCAAUGAACUUAAAUGUUGCAUCUUGAACUAUUUACGAUAACUGUUUGGAUAAUUGUUGUCAUACCAUGUACUGAAAUAAUGAUUAAAAUAAAAAAUCGCAA